UGUUGUCUGUACAUGGAUGGCUAUUUCGUUGUUUUUACCUCUUGGCUAUUUCAUUUACUGCUUCUAUGAAUGUGGGAGUACACAUUUGUUUGUAUGUUUACUGCUGGAUUAUGUGAUAAUUCGUUGACUUUUUGAGAAACUACCAGAUUCUCCCUUACCAUCUGUAUUAUUCUACAUCUCUACCAGCAAGCAGUUCAUGAGGGUUCUGAUUAUUCCUGUCCUCUUCAACACUUGUUAUUUUCCAUUUUUUAGAUAAUAGCUAUCCUAUUGGGUGUGUCAGAAUUUUUAAACAUUGCUCUGAUGAUGUUGAGUGACUCAGGAAGUAGUUUUACUACUUAGUGUGAGGAGCUAUUUUCAAGUUACUAAAAUGAGUCCGUGGCGUAAACCACUGUAAUAAAAAGGAAUUCUGUCACUGGUAGUAUAUGCUUACUUAUUCAUAAGAUAUUUCAUUUAUAAAGAGGGUUUUUGUGUAUGUAUUCUUUUCCUUAGACUUUUUGUUUUGUUUUAUUUUGUUUACAGGUUUCUUUUUUUUUUUUAAUUGCACUUUAUUCACUUUGUAUCCCCCCAUUGUUUUGUUUGUUUUUAAGACAGGGUUUCUCUCUGUAACAGCCUUGGCUGUCCUGGAACUCACUUUGUAGACCAGCUAGCCACAAACUCACAGAGACCCACCUGCUUCUGCCUCCCAAGUGCUAGGAUUAAAGGCAUGUGUCACCAUGCCUGGCUUCCUUUUCUUUUUAUGUUGAGAGAGAGAGACAGAGACACAGAGACAGACUCACAGACUGACUGAGACUGACUUACUAUGUAGCCCAGAUUAGCCUGGAAUUUGAGCAACUAUCCCUCUGCCUCAGUCCCCAAGUGCUGGGGAUUAUUGGCAUGAGCCACCAUGGUUCAAUUAGUCUAUAAAGAGGCUUCUCUAUUUCUUGAUGUGACUAGGUGACAGGGAGUAAGCCAAACUUUCAGGGGCUUACCAGUUAACUCUUGGAUUUUGCUUUUGAAGUCAUUUAUGAUGAAUGGUUUACACAGUGCUAGGGAUAAGCUUUGGUAAGCUAUCCUAUGACUGUGUGUCCUGUCUUGCUUUAGCUGUUGCCUUCUCUGACAUACAUAGCAAGCCUUAGCAUAUACUCAGAGAACCAAAAACCUGAGAGCAGGACUUGACAGGGCUUUGAAAGAGAUUGGAACUAUCUUUUUUUGUGUAUUGUUGCUGCUCAACAUUACUGACCCCACCUCCAUACCUCAGAGAGCUGGCUCCCUAGUGCAGAAUUUUGAUACCUAGAAAAUGUUGCUGAAUAUUUUUUUUUUAAGUCCGGGUACAGAAACUAUUGGCAAAUAUUCUGAUGGUUCAGUUUUCUCUUCCCUGAUAAACACAACAGCUGCCUUGAGAACUGGUGAGCUAGUGCUGUAAGCAAAAGAAAGAGUGACUGGGAAACUUUAACCUCUUGUUUGUCUUUUAUCUGGAAAAAGCAGUUUUUGAGGCAGGGAGGAAGAUUUCAUUAAUAACUUCAGGAAGUGGCACAUACUGUGUUCAACUAUUGAGAUUUACAGUGUAUAGCAACUCCUUAAAGUUCUGAGGAAUCCAGCAGUGAUGGCAGUAGGUGUGUCUGUUCAGUGUUUCCCCAACUGUAACAGUCCUUUGGUUGAAUAACUAGACCUGUAACAAGUAUUUUUAGUCACAUUUUGGGAAAUUACAACACUUGCUUUUGGUGUAUUUUGAUGCCAAAACUUUGAAUAUUUUUGAGGCCAAUGAAGUUAAAGGUUCCCUGAAUGCAAGUUGUUAGACCUUCCUCCUUAGUGUUAUUCUGCUAAGUACCCGGGGUUUUAAAAGACUGGACAGGUACUAAUGUCCCUUUUGUAUAUACUGCUCAUUAGAGGAUACAGUUUAGAGCAGUGUCUCAUUAUGGGAGAUGCUGUGUGGUGGUAAUUGCUAUAGAAUAGAUACCUUUAUCUUUCACUCUUGUUACACAAUUAAGGAAGAAUAACUACAUUACAGAUCUAAGAAAAUAAGACAUUAUUUUAUUUAAAGACAAGGUCUUGCUGUGUAGCCUUGGCAGGCCUGGAACUCACUAUGUAGACCUGCUGGCUUUGAACUUAAAGAAUCUGUCUCCUAAGAGUUGGUAUUAAAACUGUGUGCACCAUGUCCUUUUAAUUUUUUUUAAUUAUUACUGUGCAAGUGUGUGUAUAUUUAUAUUCAUGGUAGAAUGUACAUGUGGAUGUUGGAGAACAACUUUGUGUAGUCAGUUCUUUCCUUCAACCUUUAUGUGGGUUCUGGGGUUGGAUCUCAGGCUUCAGAAUCAGGUGCCUUUGCCCACUGAAGUAUCUAGUCAGCCCUUUACUUUGUCUUUAAAGUUAGCUUGCAAAGUAAUGGGCAUCAUUAAACCACUUUUGUACAUAUGUGUAACUUUGUUCCUAUCUAUUUUUCCCAGUGUUCUACCCUGUUUCUGCCUCUAAAUAGUGCCCCCUUCUGCUUUCAUGCCAUGUAUUCCAUUGCCUUUUUUUCCUACCUCUCCCUCUCUCUCUGAGUUUUGCUAUGUAUGCCUCCCAGGCUGGCUUGAAUUCACCACCCUCUGCUUCAGGUUUUCUGGGUAACUGGCAAUACAGACAUGACAUCACACCAAUUAGAUGUUUUUUUUUGUUUCCUUUUUUCUUUUUCCUUUUAGAGAUGAAAAAAAAAAAAUGAGGCCUAAAACUGUUGUUAUCCAGUGCUGUGUAAUGUGCAAGUGAAAACUGUGAUUAACCAAGCCUUCCCUUUUCUGGCUUCUUUGCUAGAUCAGGCUCUUAGGGUAGUAUCAUUAGUAGACACCAGUAAGUAUGUGUUGACUGGGACCUCAUUUCUUGCCACAAACCCUGGUACUCAUAAUGUUAAAUUUUAGGUUUUAGAAAGUAAUAGUCCCAUAUUCUGGUUAUGUGGACUACCAGGAUUUUACUAGUCCAUUUGAUUGAGUGUAUGAAGGAGUGCAUGGUGUGAAGGAGUUGCCUUCUUGGAACUAAGUAAUAGGUCUAGAAAAGAUGAUGUGACUUUCUUCUCACAGGAAUCAGGGGAGAGUAGGACUAGGCUGCAUAACUGUAGGACCUCAAUCAUUUUUACCUGAAAAAAAGCUUGUCUGUCAGGUGUGUGCAUAAUCUUUUAUCUCCUUAGACCAGUGGUUCUUAUCCUUCCUAAUGCUGUGACCAUUUAAUCAGUUCCUCAUGUUGGUGACCCCCACCAUAUAAUUAUUUUUGUUGCUACUUUCUAACUGUAAUUUUGCAACGGUUAUGAAUAGUUUUGUUUUUGGUUGGUUGGUUUGAGGUUUUUGUAACAGCUCUGGCUGUCCUGGAAUUCUGUAGACCAGGCUGGUCUGGAACUCACAAAGAUCCACCUGCCUCUGCCUCCCUAGUGCUGGGAUUGAAGGUGUGUGCCACCACCGUCCAGCUCUGUUAUGUAUUGUAAUGUAAACAUUUUUGGAGAUAGGCCAAAGGCAUCGAAAUUUGAGAACCUCUGCUUUAGCUUGUUGCAGUGGACUGAAAGGCAUUGUUGACUCUGUUUCUGUGCCUACUCUGCCAGUCUUUUAUCAGCUGGACCGGUAUAUGUAGGACUAAGAGCCAACAAUGGAAGGGCCAGUAGACAUCCAGGAAAUACAAAUGGCUGUCAGUUCAUUAGUUCAUAAGAAGAACAAUUUGAAUCCCUUCUCCACUCUCAUUUGUUCAAGCAAUCAACUUUGAAAUUGGAACGGUGUACCACUCUUAUACCCUAAUCUGUUGAAUGUGAGAACUUCAGAAAGCAGUUGAAUUCAAGGAGUGAUGCCUUGUUUUCUUUUUAAAGAUGUGACAUUGUACCUGGACUGAAUGAGAGCAAGACCAGGACACUGGUUCUUAGCCCCUAGGGAGACCAGAAGUACACUGCUGAACACCACUCCUUCAGUGUAUGUUCUAGUGGUGAGGUUAGGGCCUGUGAUUCUGCAUUUCUAAUGCAUCCAGGUCGAUGUUGAUGGUCUAGGAUUAUUCAAGAAUCACUUUUUGGAGAGGAUGAAGGUGGAUGUAGCUUUUCAGUUCUUCUCCAUUAAGGUCUUCAUAAGCAAAGAAAACAAGACUCCACCUCUUCAAGACUUCAUGCCAGGUCAACGUGUUUUCAAUGGAGCUCAGUGAAGUUACUUUCUGUUAUUUGACAGAACCGCAAAAUUAUUUUUUUAAAAAAGUGGUGACCCAAGCAAUUGAACUGAAGGUAUUCUUGGAAAGCCUGCUAUUUAUUGUGAAAAUCAUCUUUGAUAUUGGAAUUAAAAGUAAAGCUGGAAAGGAAUUCACAAACAAGAAAAAGAAGAAGUUUGGAAUUGGACUCGCAGGAUCUGGGCUUGGAAAUGCCUCAGCCCAGCGUAAGCGGAAUGGACCCACCUUUUGGGGAUGCCUUUCGAAGCCACACCUUUUCAGAACAGACUCUGAUGAGCACAGAUCUCUUAGCCAACAGUUCUGAUCCAGAUUUCAUGUAUGAGCUGGAUAGAGAGAUGAACUAUCAACAGAAUCCUAGAGACAACUUCCUUUCUUUGGAAGACUGCAAAGACAUUGAAAAUCUGGAGUCUUUCACAGAUGUCCUGGAUAAUGAGGAUGCUUUAACGUCAAACUGGGAACAGUGGGAUACAUACUGUGAAGACUUAACUAAGUACACCAAACUAACCAGCUGUGACAUCUGGGGGACAAAAGAAGUGGAUUACCUGGGUCUUGAUGACUUUUCUAGCCCUUACCAAGACGAAGAGGUCAUAAGUAAAACGCCAACCUUGGCCCAGCUUAAUAGUGAGGACUCACAGUCUGUUUCUGAUUCCCUUUAUUAUCCUGAUUCACUCUUCAGUGUCAAACAAAAUCCCUUGCCCCCUUCAUUCCCUAGUAAAAAGAUCACAAGUAGAGCAGCUGCCCCUGUGUGUUCUUCAAAGACACUUCAGGCUGAGGUCCCCUUGUCCGACUGUGUCCAAAAAGCAAGCAAACCUACUUCAAGCACACAGAUCAUGGUGAAGACCAACAUGUAUCACAAUGAAAAGGUGAAUUUUCAUGUUGAAUGUAAAGACUAUGUAAAAAAAGCAAAGGUCAAGAUCAGCCCUGUGCAACAGGGCCGGCCCUUGCUGAGCCAGGCACACGCAGAUGCAGCAAAGGAGAACACCUGCUACUGUGGAGCUGUGGCAAAGAGACAGGAGAGAAGGGGGAUGGAGCCUCAUCAGGGUCAUGGCACUCCUGCGUUGCCUUUCAAAGAAACCCAGGAACUAUUACUUAGUCCUCUGCCCCAGGAUAGUCCUGGGUUGGUUGCCACAGCAGAGAGUGGCAGUCUUUCUGCCAGCAUUUCUGUUUCAGAUUCAUCCCAGAAAAAAGAAGAGCACAAUUACUCUCUCUUUGUCUCUGACAACAUGAGAGAACAGCCAACCAAAUGCAGUCCUGAAGACGAUGAGGAUGAUGAAGACGAUUUUGAUGAUGAGGACCAUGAUGAAGGGUUUGGCAGUGAGCAUGAGCUUUCUGAAAAUGAAGAGGAGGAAGAGGAGGAAGAGGAUUAUGAGGAUGACAGAGAUGAUGAUAUUAGCGACACAUUCUCUGAACCAGGCUAUGAAAAUGACUCUGUAGAGGACUUAAAGGAGAUGACUUCCGUAUCUUCUCGGAAGAGAGGGAAAAGAAGGUACUUCUGGGAGUACAGUGAGCAACUGACACCAUCACAGCAAGAGAGGAUUCUGAGGCCAUCUGAGUGGAAUCGAGACACCUUGCCAAGUAAUAUGUACCAGAAAAAUGGCUUACAUCAUGGGAAAUAUACGGUUAAGAAGUCACGGAGAACUGAUGUGGAAGACCUGACUCCAAAUCCUAAAAAACUACUCCAGAUUGGUAAUGAACUACGGAAGUUGAAUAAGGUGAUCAGUGAUCUGACUCCAGUCAGUGAGCUUCCCUUAACAGCCCGGCCAAGGUCAAGGAAAGAAAAAAAUAAGCUGGCUUCCAGAGCUUGUAGGCUAAAGAAGAAAGCCCAGUAUGAAGCUAAUAAAGUGAAAUUGUGGGGCCUCAACACUGAAUACGACAAUUUAUUAUUUGUAAUCAACUCCAUCAAGCAAGACAUUGUAAACCGAGUUCAGAAUCCAAGAGAGGAGAGAGGACCCAGCAUGGGGCAGAAGCUUGAAAUCCUCAUUAAAGACACACUUGGUCUCCCAGUUGCUGGGCAAACCUCAGAAUUUGUUAACCAAGUGUUAGGGAAGACUGCUGAAGGCAACCCCACUGGAGGCCUUGUAGGACUGAGGAUACCAGCGUCAAAAGUGUAAUCAGCCUCAUUGGACCACUGGUCAGCAAUGUCUGUUUUUGUCAUGUUAUCCAUUGUAAAUUUUCAUUGUUUUGCAUGUCAAUUAGCAUUAUGUAAACAUUUAUAAUUAGGUUACGUUGUUUUAAGACCUUGUAGCAUAAGUAAAGCAUGAUCCAAAAUACUUGAUUAUUGCAUUUUCAGAGCAUAAACCAGUGACCCUGCUGCUGGCAUUAGAAUGAAGUUCAAGUGUUAAAUAAAUGUGAAGUACAGAUUGUAAACAUCUGUUGAAGCAAAACAUUUUGGAGGAGUGAAUAUAUUAGUAUAAUGUUAAGUAUUAAGGCGGGUUUAUGCUCUGAACCACACAAAAAAUACCGAGGAAGCAUUUUUUUUCAAAGUCCAUUUAGAUUGUUUUUUAGAAUGACUGCUUUUUGUUCUAAUUUUUCACAGCCAUUAAUCUCACUUGUAUAUGGUGCACCAAGCACUGAUGUGUGUACCAUGGUUAGAUGUUUAUUUUCAGAGCUCAAUAUGAUAUAUAUAAAUACAUAUAUAUAUAUAUAAUUGUCUGUGCAAGUAAGAAAAAAGCAUAUUCUUUGUGCCUUGUAUUUUGGGGAAACUCUAAAACUGGUAAUAUUUUGUAUGAUGAAAACCCUAAUGAGGAAAAACAAGAUAUAUAGAUGAGAAAAUUAUGGGGUUUAAAUGUCUUUUUGUUCCAACUCUUUUUCAAAUUUUUUGAAUGUAUAUAGGACUAUGUUGAACUGUAGAUAUAUGCCACAGAGUCUGUGUAUUGUAUAAAAAACAAAACAAAAAACAAACAAAAAAAGAUGGCUCUAGAAAACUCCUAUUUCGGUACUUGACCGGAAGAAAAUACUUGCACAUUAUUGCGAUUGUUUUAUUUUUUCUACCAAAGACAAAUGCAACUGGUAUGGCAGACUGCCAGUCUAAGUAAAGUUUUGCACAGCUUACAUGAUACUGUAUGAAUGUAUGAAAAAAAGAGUAAAAAUUAAAAGGUCAGGGUUAGGGAUCUUACUCAACUGUGAAUUUUAUUUCUGUUUGGGUCCAAUUAUCUACAGAAGGAGCAUCCAUACAUAAAAAUGUUAUUUUGCUGUUCCUCUAGUUUGCUUCCAUAGUAGAUAAGUUGGUGGCCAUUUAGGUAUCUUUUAUUUCUGCACUUAUUGUAGGAAAUUUUAAUAUAUUUCAUAUUAGUAAGCUAUUGAUAAAAUAGUUUUUGACUUUGAAAAUUAAAGUUUAUUUAGCUUAUUGUAGUAUAUUUCCACCAAACAACCAAAAUACAGAUUAUUUUUAUUGUAUUAUGUAUAUAUAUGUAAAGAAAGAAAAAAAGCUAAAAAUAUCUAAUACUUUAGUUGCCACUUUUCCAAUUGAUGUAUUAUUGUGCAUGUAAUAUUUUCAAAGAUCAACACAAGCUUAAAACAAAUUUAUAAAUUUUUAUAUUUUUGUACAGGUAUUUUCUUCAAACUUACAUGUGACUUACCUUCUGUAGUUUCUAGAAUUGAGAAAUAUGAACACGUUUAGUUUUUAGGUGCUCUUCUUUGCUCACAUAAACGGCUUUAUUAGUCAGUUUUUAACUGUGCUCAAGCUUUACCUCUUGAUAAAGAAAUUCCUUAUGUCAAGGCAGCAUUAUAAACCUUCCCCACAGGUCCAUCCAUCCUGUCUUUCUUGACGGUUUUAUCUCAGAUCUUGUGUUUUGGAACUAUGAAAACUGGUGGCUUAAAAAGUAAAAACAAACAUAUCUAGAAGAAAACCUGAAAUUUCUGACAUAGUUGCUAUUUCUCCAUUACCCAUUGAUAGAAAAAUAGUUGUCCUUGAUCUGCACAGUAGUUUCUUUUCCUUUUUUUCUCCUCUCCCCCAACCUAUUUGUAAGCUAUAGCACAAGAAGUUUCAAUUCUAGAACACAGUAACAAUCCAAAAAUGUGUCUUACUUUCCUCUUUGACAUCAUGAAACAUAAGAAACCAAGAAUUGUCUUGACAGGUUAGCUGGACUGUAACAAGGUUCCUAUGUGUUUGGUGGAAGUGUUCCACAUGUUAGUGUGUUCACCCUAGCAGAUAAUGCGCUCACAUUUCAUAGUUAGUAGAAUUCAAGUUUUUACUUUUUAGGUGGGAAAAAACAAAGCAUAGGUUCACAAAUGGAAGUAUAUGAAGUCGUGACCAUGUGUAUCUGGUAAAUUUUAAGUGUUCCAGAAUUUGGCAGUUUUGCAGUCAAGUGAACAUCGCUUCAUGAUAGCAAUUCAGUUGGUGAAGUUUAUAAAAUUGCCCCUUUCUAGCUGCCCUGUUAGGAAUUCUGGUUUUUUGAUAUCCUUUUCUUGUCUGCAAACCAGAAUUUGAUUUUUGGUCUUGCAUUUCAAAAGACUUUGAAUCUGUUUAGUAGAUUCCAUACUCGUGCAUUUCAGUGUUUUAUAUGUACUACUUAAGUUAAAUAGUUGAAAGCCUUUAAAAUAGUUGAGCUUUUUAAUGUUGACACUUUAUUUUGUACCUAUUUAUAUAUGUAUGUAUAUCUUAGAAAAGCACUUUGUUAUAAAAUUGCAUUUUAUAUGAUUCCUGCCAUUUGCUGCUAAACCUGGGCUGGUCAGAACGCUGCAGCGAUACUUGAUCUAAAUAAAAACCUGGCAGUAAAAUGUAGAGUGCAAGUUAAAUCCUCUUGCUGUUUAAGAUGACAUAGGCAAGCUGUGCAGCUUUACAUUUUAACCAGGGGACUCUGUGGCAUUUAAAACCGUCUAGAAAUGGUUGUACUUUUAAUGCCAGUAAUGAUCUGCUUCCUCUAUUGUCUUUAAAAUACCUACACCUAGUGUAUCACAGACAGUUCUCAUGAGUAUGUAAAAAACCCAGCAGUUGUACAUGUUCCGUUUUCAAAAUCGUGCAUGUAUUUUUGGGUGGAAAUCAUUAGAGUGAGAGCUGUCUAAAGGUUUUCUGUGUUCAUACAUGGUAUACAGAUAGCUCAUGAAGUCCAGAACCUUCCUGUAAGUGAAGGCAUUGUGAAUUCUCCUCAGACAAACCCACUGUUCCAAAAGCAACCAUAAACUGACUCUAGUACUACUACAGUAAAAAAGUAACAAUGAACCUUCUGCUUCCUGGUUUCAGAUACACUGGAUUCCUUAGUCUGUGCCCACAUGAGAGCAUGCUGCUGGCUGCUCCUGUUAAGGUUGUGUGUGAGUCUUUCAGUCAGUGAGGUUGCUUGCUGUGCUGUACCAUGUAUGGGUUCUUGUCCUUUCCAUGUCCUUCAUGAGAGAUUUGGCUGUGGCUUGAUCUUGUGCCUUACUUGUACACUUAAAUGAAAUACCUUCAUUCCUUCCCACUUCCCAGACCUUAACUUUGUCCUUUUUGUAAGAGAAUCAGAACUAUUCCAGAAGCAUCAUGGAGGACUUCAGAUGGGCAUGGUUCCAUAGUUCCCUCUCUUUGUAGUUAUUUUAUACUUGUAUGAGAGACCAGUUUUGAAUGAUCUUUGAGUAAUCUUGCUACAUCCCUUCUCUCUGGCUUUUAUGAGGUUGUCCUGUGUCUCUCUGAUGCUUGGCUUCAUUUGCUUCUUAGCAAGAGUCUGCAUCUACAGACAGGUGUGUUCACUUCAUGUGCUUGAAAGUGACUGUUUGUUUUCCAGAACUUUUUAGGAGAAGAGUACCCAUUUUGUUUGUUUUUUACAACAGAUGACAAGUCUCUUUAAAAAAAGAAACUGAAGUACAGUACUUUUGAAAUACAAUGCUAUUGGUAUGAAUUUCUCUUUUAUAUAUACUAUUCAUACAAUUAUCUGAUGUUUGCCUUCAUUAAUAAAGCUGUUAGUUUAUUCACCAACAUGUCAAGAAUGGAUGUGCUUUUCUUUAUUCCAUACACUUAAACAAUACUUUAGCUGCUAAGAUUUGGUUAACUUCCUAAGAAAUGAAUUCAAGUUGCCUUCAGCAAGAAUUAACAAAACUAUGUUCCCUUUCUUUACAUAGUCUUCCUAAAGUUCUGUUCAACUACUUUCUAGUUAAUUAUGUGACGGAAUGUUAGCAUCUCUCCAAUCUUGAAACUUGAAUUUUGAGAACGCAUUGAAUUUCAGUGUUAAUUGAAAAGGUCUCAACUAUGUUUCUAGUGGAGUCUUUUGUGGAAUACCAUUUCCCAUGGAACUGCGACCACUUGCACAACUUUGCACAGAACUGCAGUCUUGUUCUUCCCUGGAUCAUGACAAAUGAGUCUCACACAGUGCCGUAAUACUUGUGGAUUCUUUUCGUCAUCUUUGUCAUCUUAAUAAGGGCAUUAUGAGAAAAUGACUCCAUGGUUCGUUUUUUUUUUUUUUUUUUUUUUUAAUAUUUCAAACACAGUGGGAUGUAACAGUGUCAGCUGUAAGGAUGGUGGUUUCGUUUUAAGGAAUAAGCAUGUUGGGGGAAUGUGAUGAAAAUGUACUACUGAGAGUUACACACUUCCAUAGGCAGGUGGGAUUAUGUGUUGAAGCAUAGUCUCCGUGCUUAGUAAACUAACUGAAAUAGACAUUACACCUAGGAACUGCACUAUGCCAAAUUGCCAUUUAGUUUUGAAGAGACUUUUGGAGGUGGUAACAAGGUAACAGAACCUCACAGCUACUUCCAAAUAGUAUUUAGGAGUUGGAGACUUGGUGGCUAGUGAAGAGCACCCAGGUUUGUUUCAGCGUGCCAAGUGUGAACUGGGCUUGCCUCUUUCCUAACAGUGUAAACGCCUGGUGCAGUUGACUCAGUUCCGGGUGCGGGAGUGGGACUGAUUCUGUGUCUUGCCCUUUGUUCUGUUUUUGUUUUUUUUUUUUUUUUUUCAGAACUAAAUAAAACUGUAUGUGUACUGUAUCUGCCUUUCCACCACAUGUUUUACGACACUGUACUCCACUGCCUACUAUUGUCUUCUUGUCCUAAAGUCUGUCCUAUAGCAUAGCAUUUGUGGUUCACAAGGACUCCGGAGCUGCCAACAUGGAAGGGCAAGAAUACAAAGCGUUUGCUCCUACGGUUUGGCAGCCUCUUUGAGUAGUUGCACUUAGGAGCUUGUCUGUGAUAUGAUCAUAAAGACUCCAGUAGUUUUGUUUAUUCUCUGCCCCCAGCUGGAGCUGUGACACUUUAUUGGAUUCAGUCUUGUCUCUUGUCUAGAAAGAAUAUUGUAUGUUGUUCACGCAUGAGCUGUUUAAAAAAUGACUCAAUGUUGGUUAAUAGUUGUGCAGUUUUCCUUUCAGGAGAAGGCCAUGCACAGGUUGCUUUGUUUUCUGUCACCCUCUAACCUGUCCGCACUUGUAGUCAGACACAGAAUCAUCAGUGUAUGCAGCACCCUUUGUAAUUUAAAAUAAAAAAUAUGAAAAGGU